ACACUGUACGAGCCGCAUGUUCAUCGCAAGUGCUGCUUGCACUCCGACAACCAUCUAACACCCACAGCGCCUUCUGCAGAAUAAAGACCAGCCUGCUACGCGCGCACACACACUCGGAUUUGCAACAAAAGCAUCAACCGGGGACGUUUUCUUCAGCACACCAGGAGAGUUGGAGAUCCGCAGUGGUGCUCCUACGUUUGGUCGACAUGCUGGGGAUCUGCGUGUGUCUGUGUGCGAUUUUCACACAUGUCCUCUCUCAGGAGGCUGAGGCUGAGCCCAUCUCCUACACAUGCACAGAAGGUUAUGAGUAUGACAGAGCCAGAGAGCAAUGCAGAGACAUCGACGAGUGUGCCUUGUUAGAUGAUGCCUGCAAAGGAGGGAUGCAGUGUAUCAACCACUUUGGUGGAUACCUCUGCCUCCCCAAGAGCGCCGUCAUCUAUAUCAGUAAGGAGGGCGAGCAGGUGCCGCUGCCAGUCCCAGGCCCUCCUGUCCCUGCUGCCCCACAAAGCCCACCUCUGCUCCCACGGGUGUUUCCAGGCACCCAUAGGGUCUCUCAGUCCACCCGGACCACCCGCUGUACAGCCGGAUUCACUGCAGAUGAGCAGAACCUCUGCAGAGACAUAGAUGAAUGUGCGACAGGCAGACACAGUUGUGGCCCUGAAGAGACAUGCUACAACACCAGAGGCUCCUACACCUGCCAGUGUCCCCCGGGUUUUCAGAGGAACGGAGACCACUGUGUGGACAGAGACGAGUGUGCCGUGACCAACUACUGCAUGCACAGAUGUGUGAACACACAGGGCUCAUACUACUGUGAGUGCAACGCAGGUCACAAGUUGGCCAGCAACAAUCACAGCUGUGUUGAUGUGAAUGAAUGUGACGUGCAGAGUCCCUGUGAGCACCACUGCUACAACCUGCUUGGCUCCUUCCUCUGCCAGUGUGACCAGGGCUAUGAGCUAGCACAAAACGCGGUCAACUGCCAAGACAUUGAUGAAUGCAGCUUCUCCAGCUACAUGUGUCAGUACCAAUGUAUUAACAGCCUAGGAAGUUACUCCUGUGAGUGUCCAGAGGGAUAUCAACUCCAGGGAAACAGGUUGUGUCAAGACAUAAAUGAGUGUGAGACGGGGACUCAUAACUGCCAAGACGAUGAAAUGUGCUGGAACUAUUACGGAGGCUUCCGCUGCUAUCCCAGAGACCCCUGCGAGGCACCGUAUGCCAAAACCUCUGAAAAUCGUUGUAUCUGCCGGUCGCAGGCUGAGUGCCAGGGUCUCCCACCAUCAAUUGUCUACAAAUACAUGAGCAUCCAAGCGGACCGGACUGUGCCAGCGGACGUCUUCCAGAUUCAGGCCACCAACAUCUACGCCAAUACACACAACACCUUCAGGAUCAAAGCUGGGAAUGAGGGAGGAGAAUUUUUCCUGCGGCGUUCCAGCAAUGUGAGUGCCAUGUUGGUGCUAACCAAGCCUCUGUCAGGCCCCAGGGAGUACGUCGUGGACCUGGAGAUGGUCACUCACCAUCUGACCAUGAACUACCGCUCAAGCUCACUGCUGCGGCUCACCAUCAUAGUCGGGCCCUACGCCUUCUGAGCACCACAAUUCUCUGCAGUCUGGUUCAGCAAACAUAGCAGUGUAACACAGCAGAUGCCUGUAUCAGCAUACCAUACUGUACAUUUUCAUACAAUACAUGCAUAUAACAUAUAACAUAUGAUGUCCCAGACUCAUACAGCAGCACAGCAGUAGGCUUGAUCAUGACAGACCAGCCCAUGCUGUAAUGUGACCACUGGGCCUCUUUUUCUCUCAAGGUGGCGAGAAGCAUUGUGAUGAAGGGUUUUAGUGUCCUGAGGAAUCAAGCACUGUUUCAACAACAGCACUUAACAAUAAAACCAUUUUCAUCGUUGAAGUUUUUGAUUUAAAGUGCCUGAAGUGGACAGGAGAAAGAUGCUGGUUGCAGUAUUUUUCCUUGUAGUGGCUGUUAGCUCCUUCCAUUCUCAAAACAAUUGGGAACAGAGCAGUGGCACGCAGGAAAAGACGCCUAGUGGACACACUUCCUAACUGUGAUGAAUUUUUGAUGCAGCUGUACCUACAUUUAUCACUUUGUUCAGACCAGAACUGCUUACAAUAACCUGUGUGUGCAUCAGUGAAGCACUCACUUGUUCUAUAUAAAUGUACAUGAUAAAUAUCCAAUAUGAGCAGCUUUUGAUACAAAAAGAAUACACAGACUCAGAUUACAGCUUCUGUUGAUAAAUGUUGUAGGGGUUAGUACUGCUGCGCCACAUUGUUCGUGCAAGUUUCUGUAUAGUUUUUACUCAUGAGUAAUAAUUUCCAGAGAAGUCCAGAACAGUUCAGAAGUGUAAAGGGAGGGAAUUUGCCUAUGAGUGAGAGGAUACUAAACUCUGCAUGACAAUAGGCUUGAUGCUCUUAAGACUUUACUCACAGGAGUUAAAUCAUGUACAUACCGAGGUAAUAAGUCUUUGUGUGGAUGAUUGUGUGUAUAUGUGUGCGUGUAUUUGCGUGUGUGAGCGCCUCACUGCUUUGUUUAUGCAUGCAAGCAAGUGAAAGUGUGAAACAGAGGGAGAGAAAGGGAAAGAGUGAGAAAGAGCUUGUACUCUAGCCAUUUAUGCGUUUCUGUGAUGCCAUCUUCCUCAGCCCCCGGUUGCAGAGGCAAUAACAGAGAUUUUUGAACUCGAGAAUACGCACAGGAAAUGACGGCUUUCAUAACACACCUUGGCCAUUUGACCGCUCACUGGUGCCACAGUGAUUUCUCCAGAGGAACAGCUGGGCUUUGUAAUGUCGGGCCCAGUGAAGAAAUCACACUGGCACCAGACUGGCUUGCGUGAUAAACAUAAUUACAGCGCUUUUCCCUGUUGCUGGUUCAUGUGUGACACAGGGGAUUAUUAAACGGUUAAUACAAUGCCACCACACUUUUUGGCAUAAUGAGAAAUCUUUCACUACCUGCUUUUCCUUUCAUGACUCGUGUCUGCUCUGGCUUAUUGCUGAAACACUGUAGACACACAGUACUGAAAACCACAUUGAAAACCAGCAUGUUGUCACCACUCGUAAGUGUAGAAAGUUAUCCAUCUUUGCCUACAAGUCUUUUAUGUGGUUUCAGCAGUGAUCAUGCCAUAGUGCCUUAGAGUGUAUAAACACCAAAAAUGUAACACUAAUCUUUUCAUUCAUACUGUCAAGACUGUUAACUUCCUUUAUUGAAAGGCCUUAAUGUUUUUCGCUUCUAUUUAAAAUAUAUUUUGUCAUAUGUAUCUUAUAUUGAUUGUACUCUGAAGAGCAAAAGUUAUAUUGUUGAAUAAAAUAUGAUGGAUAAAUGGGG